GAGUGGUACGGUACGGUGUGUCGCCAUGGCUCCCUCCUGCAGUCCUGUGACGCCGCUGGCCCUGUGGCGGCGGCGCGACUCGACCAACUCGGCUCCGCUGGCGCCGGUGUCGUUCUGCCUGCCGGACGGCGGCCGCCUUCAGCGAGAGCUGCGCAUCAACUACAACAUGAGCGAGGUGCGCGCCCUGCUGGCCGACGAGAUCCAGUUUGAUCCGGAUCAGUUGGACAUCUACUGCGACUCGGAGCCGGAGCCCGUCGCCGACAGCCUGGUGCUGGCCGGGCUCGACGUGGAGCACCGCCAGCUGACUCUGCACGUGCAGCUGAGGGAGCCGGCAGCCGCACCGGUCCGGCCGGCCGGCCAGCCAGAGCGCCACCCUCCGGCCGCGCCUCCGCUGAAGCCAGUGAAGGGCCACGACUCGCAGCAGCAGCCGUUCGCGCGGCGCGUGUACGAGUGGGGCAUGAGGCGGCGGUGCUCGCUGAGGUGGCGGUGAG